UUAACACAAUUCAUCAUUCAAUUUAGUAUCAACUACAAACAGUCACACAUUAAACAGCAGUCACAGAACUUGGAAUUUUCAAAUAAAUGUGAUCAAAACACACAGUUUCUUGACUAUUUAUAUAUAAAAAGACCAUAUUAUUUCACAUCCACCCAGAUAAUCUAAGUUAUUGUCCUAAAUCGAACCCCAUUAUUAUGAGAUGGUGAUCCCCACCAAUGUGCCAAUUAAUUAGCGUUCCAUCCAAUCACCGCAACAUUUUUUAUAUGUAGGCACUUGUGUUUGUGUGUUUGUUUCAAUAAUAAUAAUAGAGUAUGAAAAGAGUGGGGCAAAAAAUCCAAGAAAUUAGAAAAGUAAAGCCCCGCAAGGUAUAGAGGUGCAUGCUCAAAGUAACUGGAUGGGGACAUGGUGCCCCUGCUUGAUGGAGUUGAAGUACAUAGGAGAGUUGCGUCGUCUACAAUUCAAAGAGGUCAGAUUGUCUCCCCAUAAUUGGGGCACUUUUGACACUUCAAAGACUAAUUAUAAAAAAAUAAAAUAAAAUAAAAAACCAUCCCCAGCAUGAACCUGAUGGUGUUGCAGGGAGAUUUGGUACCUGAAAAAUGUGCAUCCUCCGAUAACAAUAGUGACUACUGAGCUAGCCAGUAGCUAAACAAGGGAUAAUGUAGUGAUCGGAUAUAAGAAGAAGCAAAGUCUGCUGUGUAUUGGAUAGAAACAAGUACAUGGUGGAUUUCCAAUUAAAGCUAGCAUUCAAGUGAAUGACAAAGAAACCUACCAAUCUUUUUUAAUAAAGGAAAAUACUGUUGGGUAUAUAAUGCAUAGGCCUUGUUCAAUAUUCCAUAUGUAGCAUAAUAUAGAGCACAAAAGCAUUUGGUUCCCUUCAACAAAAAAAAGAUCUUAUUCUUUUAUAUUCUUUUAUGCUAACAACAAAACAUUUCAUCGUCUAAAAUUGGGUGUGAGACUCAAAAAAAAAAAAAAACUUCCUCUCUUUCCUAUGGAAUCUCUGAGGAAAGAACCUAGCCCCUCUGAGAGUACCUCAUGCAUCAUUUCUACACCAGAGGCCCUUUCAGGUUCAGAUGAAGUACUCAAAGAUCGAGAACAAGAGCCAAAACCCCGUCUCCAACUAGAUCUAAACCUAACUACAAGUGAUUGUGAUCGUGGUUUCAAUCCAGAACUCAAUCUUAUCGAUUCCUUCAACACAACAGGUUCAUCUGACAGUACCCAACCAGAAACUCCCGAACCUACAGACGGUGAGCAACGAUUUUUCUCAUGCAACUAUUGCCAAAGAAAAUUCUACAGUUCACAAGCUCUUGGAGGACACCAAAAUGCCCACAAGAGAGAGAGAACUCUAGCCAAAAGAGGACAAAGGAUGGGAGCUCAUAUAGCAGCCUCAGCCACAGUUUUUGGGCACCCUUAUUUUCAUCACAAUCAUUAUUCUAGCUUGGCUACUCUUCCACUACACGAUGCAUAUAAUAGAUCUCUCGGAAUUCAGGUGCAUUCAAUGAUCCAUAAACCUCCUCAUAUUUCUUCAUCAACUGGGUUUGGAAAUGUUUACGGACACCAUAGUUGGUCUGGGCCUCCUAUAGACCAACAACCGGCAAUAGGGAAGUUAUCAAUGGAUAAUUCCCUUGCAAUUUCAACAGGACCGGCCUCUCGAGCAAGUGUCGGUAGGUUCAACAUAACGAGGAUGAUGAUGGGUUCUCCAGCUGAUGAGGUGAUUGGUAAUUGUUGGUGGUCAGGUGGUGCUAGUCUGAAGACUAGGCAGGAAGAGAUACAGAAGGUUGACCUCUCCCUCAAGCUCUAAUUGAUUUCUUUUUAAGAACAUAUUUUUUUGUUUUCUGAUUAAGAUUUUGUUUAUUCUUAACCUCUUUGGAAGCAAUUAUCAUGUAUAUUUUGAUCAUAGAAAUGUUUGGAGUUUGUUUCUUCAUUGUUUUUUUUUUACUUGGAACUGUUAAUCCUUUUCUCCAAAUACUCCUUUUGGUCAAGCUGUUUCUAAAAUACCUGAAACUUGGAAGGUUGUACUAUUUGUUUUCCGGAGGGAAAUUUCCCAAUUAAGAUGAGAAGUAAAUGAAGAACCUCCAGGGUUUUCCACUCAAUCAACAAAGGUUUUGAGUCCCAGACCGAUUUCAAAUUGACAGAUAAUUACCGGGAUUUACUUCAUUAGGUCUUCCCAAUAGAUUCUUGGGAAAUGCUAUAACAGGAAAUCUUGCAAUAAUUACGUUUAAUUUAGAUCUCAUAUUGUUCAAAAGCUAUGAUUUCGUCCUUUGUGAAGAAGCGCGUACUGUGUCACUUUCACUAAUUGUGCCCUUUAUCUAAGAAAGAUUUGGUUUAGACAUAAUUCAAUGUAGCUUCAUAGCUUGAAUCACCUUUAAUAUUUCUUUUUUGUUUUGGGAUAAAUUCACUUUCAUCAUCCACCAUUGCUUUUUUGGUGGAAGAACGCUACACGGACGGCUCAGUUCUAAUUAGACAGCGACAUAUUUCGUUCAGACCUGGCCUUGGUUUGGGUUAGAAAUUCUAAACUACCAUUGGCCUAAAGUUUUAAAACUUCAACUUGGUCGGUCGGAAGUCUUCAACUUGGUUGGUCGGGUGGUCGGGAAGGUUAUGUUUAGACUUCUUCUCUCAAACCUUGGACGACCAUUAUUGUCGAAAGUGGGCUUAACACUGCUCAGCGAAUCAGACAAACCUCCGACCAAACAAUUGGCCCAUUGUGCAACAUGGGGCGUGCCUGGUUGGUCCAUCACAACUUUCCCCCAUUUAAAUA